GUGUUUACUUGAAAAGGUGCUUUAUUCGCUUGCAUUACGAACAGACGAUGCUCAGUUUGAUCAUUUUAAUUUAAUUUCGUUGAUAUUUAAUAUUAAUUAGAAGUAAAACCUAGCAUUUUUAUAUAGAAUUUGUAUACAACGGUUUGGUGAGAGUGAAAUAGAACGAACACGUUAAGACGUUAUUGCCUAUUACGUUAUACGCGAAAAUUAUACUUUCGUUGCAUAAAAUUUUUUUUUCUUUUCAUUCCAACAUCGCAUGCAUCAAGUGGUCUUUUAUAUUAUUUCAUGAAAUUUUUAUGGAAUAUACCAAGUAUAGAGUUUACUAGGCUCUAGACAUUUGAAACGGAGACAGGCCAUUACAACAAGUCAUUUGUUAUUUUCUUUAAAAAUAAAGAAAAAAAGAUUUUAAAACUAAGCUUUUGUUAUACCAUCACGAAGACUGACCGACAAAACAACCUAUAUUAUAUUUGGUUGAUUGUGUAAUGUUAAUGUAACGAAAUUAAAAUUGCUUAUUGUUAUACAAUUGAAAAACUGUGAACUGUGCGAUUAUUAUUACAUCAAAAAAAUAAUCAUAAAAACGAAGUUUUAUUGAAACACAAAGUAAAAACAAAAAUUUUUGUGUCUAUGACCAAGUCCGUUUGAUUGGUAAAUAAACUUUUGUCAUUGUCGAAUUAAUUGGAAAUUGACCGAAAAAAGUGAGAACUCCCACAAAGCGUGACGAUUUUGGUAUAUAAUACGACAUUGUCUCUGGCUGCUUCCUUUGUGUGUGUGAUUUUCGUUUGGACCCACCAUUGAAACACCACCAUUCAAAUUUUGAAUUCGGUUUCUGUUUCCAUUCAGUACGAGUUUCAAAUGUGAUUCGACCACAAGACAUCUUAUAACAGUGGAAAAUAAAAUCAGAUCUAUUUUCAACGGUUCAUAUUAUAUACAACACUCGCAUUCGUAAAAGUUUGAAGUAUUGCAAAAGGAAAAUGGAUUACAUCGUCAGUUGGAUACUAUUUGUAACUGCUCUGAUUACUCCAAUCGUUGCAUUCGAAAAGCCCGUCUAUGUAAUGCCAUGUAGUCGAAGUGAUCCAGAGAUCAAUGCCUGCAUCAAAAAUUCAUUCAACCAUUUGAAACCGUACCUAAGGGAUGGAUUACCGGAACUUAAAGUGCCCGCAUUGGAACCGCUAAACAUUGAACAAAUGGCAAUGGAAAAUGAUGCCGGAGCUGUACGUGUGAAAGCGCUAUUCUCCAAUAUUAUCGUCAAAGGAUCGUCUAACUAUACGGUUAAGGAAGUUCGGAGUGAUGUUAAGAAAUUGAGAAUCGAUAUGAGGCUUACCGUACCUCGUGUGGAGUCACGAGGAAAGUACGAAGUUUUUGGGAAUGUGUUGCUGUUACCAGUCCGAUCGAAUGGUGAAUUUUGGGCCGAAUUUUCUGAUAUCACAGCCAUUGCCAAGGUAUAUGGAAAAGAAGUCCAACGUAACGGUGUGUCAUACAUGGAUAUCGAUAAAUUGAACAUUGAUUUUACAAUGAAGGGUGCCCGAUUUAAGGUUAAAGACAAUUUAAACAGUCAGAAUGUUUUGGGCGAAGCAAUCAAUCAAUUCCUGAACACAAAUGCCAACGAAUUGGUACAAGAAAUGCGACCGGCUGCAUCACAAAGUAUUGGCAAAUUGUUUAAAAAUAUUUUGAAUCAAGCAUUUAGCAGUAUACCGAUGAAUACGUGGUUGCUUGAAUAAAUCAUUUUGUUCGUUAGUUCGAUUACACAACAUUCAGUUUGGCGUGUAAGAAUGAUGUUAUACUAUAGAAAGCAUACAAUUAAUUUAUAACUUUUUUCGUUUAUAAUAAUCCAAAGACAACAAAAAAAAACCUUUUUUUAAAUAAAAUUGAAUGAUUAAAGUAGAAUGUUCACCGAUCCCAGUGAAUUUGAUAAAUUAUUUGCAUUGAAUUAAAAAUGUUGCAAUUUCCUUUGUUCAGGUUUUUCUUCUUUUUAAUUUUCAUGAAAUUGUAAAUAAAAUAUUUUAAGUUUACCGUUUCGUAUACAUUUAUAGUUAAGUGAAUCAUGUCUCAUUUUCAAUUAAAUAAUAAUUAAAUUAUCGCCCACAUUCGAUACAUUAUCUGUAGGUAUAUUCAUGCAAUGACAAUUUUAUCGAUUAGAUUAUCUCUCAAUAAACUCCCCCCAAUCGUGUAUUAUGUGUGUAACCGCAUAAUAUCCGAAUUCAGAGGAAAUAUACGUGAUUUAUUGUAGUUUUAAAUUUUAAAAUAAAAAUUGAAAUAAAAUAUUUUGAAUCGA